CGACGAGAGGAAGAUGAGUGGGAUCCAGAUUUCGGAACUCACGUAGCAGAAACAGUUCCACCAAAGCUUCCGUUCGACUCUCCCAAAUUUUCUGCCGUGAUGCCGGAAAGUUUGACGUUGUCAUGGCAACCAGCCCGGAUUCCUGCGUAUGCCGUGAAGUGUCCGAUAACGUACAUCGUGGAGGUGAAGGAGCCGUUGUCGACGGCAUGGCGAUGUCUGGCUGAGAGUCUCACAGAGCCAAAGUAUUUCGUCACUGACCUCGAACCGAGACAGGAUUACCAUUUCAGAAUCAUCGCUGAAAGCAAGUACGGCGUUAGCGAGCCGUCAUUGCCGGCAACGCUAACACGAAAACGAGCGUCUCUAUCGAAAACACCGUCCAGAGACAGAGACGACCUGGCAGUUACAGCUAUUUCAUACAUCGACUCAAUAACUACCGGGGUUCCACCCCGAGUGCCAACAGGACGCCCGACCAUUUCCAGCGAAACGGAAGACAGUCUUCUGUUGUCAUGGGCACCAGCCCGCAUGCCGUCCUAUCUGAGAUCAACCCCAAUCACAUACAUUGUGGAGGAACGAGAACUUCCAACCAACCUGUGGCGUCGCCUGGUGGAGGGCCAGAGCGAUACGAGUUUCCGAGUUUCCAAUCUCCGAUCCAACCAGGAGUAUAUGUUCCGAGUGCGAGCUCAGAAUGAGUUCGGAACUAGUGAGCCCACAUUACCCGUCUCACUCUACAGGAAGAGUGAAUCGCCUCCUCCUGUUUUGAGACGGUCAAUCUCGCGAACAAGAAGUACUAGUCCUAGAAAAAGCAUCUCCAAAGCUGAUGACGAUUAUACAGGAAAACCUGCCUACCUGUACGGCACAGCUGCCAUUUCUGCACCUACUUUCUUAAGACCGGUCUCCCACGAGGCUGUUCAGUAUGGCAUCCUGUCUCACCCAGUGAAGAUCUCCCUCAUGCUGCAGGGCAGUCCCGCACCAAAUAUCACGUGGUAUUUCAGUGGACAGAAGCUGGACUCUGGAGAUCGCUACAACUCAUACCUGUCACCAGGGGGCGAGGUAGUUCUUGAGUUUCUCGAUAUGGGACGACGCGAUGUCGGAGAGUACAAGGUGGUCGCGGUAAAUGACGAAGGGUCGGCAGAACGAGUGGUCAGUUUGGAAAUGGCAGACCCGCCAACAUUCAUCGAACCAUUGAAGGACCUCACCGUUCUAGCACGUGACUCUGCGAGGAUGGAGUGCAGCGUGGACGGAAUACCAGUGCCCUCUGUCAAGUGGAACAAGGACUGGCGCCCCCUGUCGGAGACGUCACGCGUCAAGCUGAAACACCGGUCACCCGAUCACUGGACACUGAAUAUUGACAAUGCCAAGUACAUGGACACUGGUCAAUACGAGGUGGUCGCAGAAAACAUGGCCGGAAAAGUGUACUGUUCAGCAAAACUUACUGUGGAAGAUCAAAUUCCUUCACUAAGUGACCUGGAAUUCAGGGAGGCCAAUAUUGAAGAUGACUACUACAUUCUGGAGGAGAUUGGCAGGGGCCGACACGCCAUUGUGCGGAGGGUGGUUGAGAAGAACACGGGACGCGAGUUUGCUGCCAAGUUUGUCCAAGUCAUGGAGGAUUCGGACAAGGCAUUUUUCCGUAAUGAGCUCGACAACCUGCGAUGUGUGAAUCACCCAAAUGUCGUGUCCAUCAGAGAUGCAUACGAGACGCCCAAACAGUUGAUUCUGGUCAGCGAGCUACUGACUGGUGGAGAGGUUCUGGAUCACAUCGUAAAGGGAGACCACUGGACAGAAGGUGAUGCAGUGUUUUACGUGAAGCAGCUUCUUAAUGUCCUACAACACAUGCAGAGGUUGAAUGUGGUACAUCUCGACCUGAAGCCUUCUAACAUUCUUCUGAAAACUCCGAGUUCAGACGAUAUUACUCUGAUUGAUUUUGGGUUUUCCCGAAUGCUACAAGCCUCGCGGGAUGUCAGAAUGAAUUAUGGGACACCGGGAUUUGCGUCUCCGGAACAGAUCAGCAACGAUCCAAUCACUAAAGCAUCGGAUCUAUGGGCAGUUGGAAUUAUCUCCCAUGUCUUACUAACUGGCAGCUCCCCGUUCCAAUCAGAAGAUGUAUCAGAAACUCUGCGGAGAUCAGAAUCUUGUGAAUUCAAUGCUGAUGCUUUUAAAAAUAUUUCUGAAGACGCAAAGGACUUCAUCUCGAAACUCCUUCAAAAGAAUGCAAGUAAUAGAAUGAGUGUUGACGAAUGCUUGUCUCACCCAUGGAUUGCCAACAAUACUAGCAAAGGUGAAGGUCGCAAACUAGACAUCAGCAAACUUAGAGAGUUCCAAUCUGCAAACAAAGCACAAAGACGAGCUGAAAUGGUGCACACGGUUGCCGUGAGACAGAAUCUGUCUCGUCUCCUCGAUGGAAUUGUGUACGAGAGAAACCUUCACCCGGCGGUCGACCGAUCGUCGGGACAAGUGGUGUUCCCAAGAUCGCAGGAGUUCGGAGAGUUUCUCGAUAACCAGACUUGGUACGACUGGCAUGCACGGUUCGAACAGAGUCCGGAACGCGAGCUGUCUCGUCUGAGAGACGCUGAUCGUUCGAAAGCUGAGUUGGAAGAGUUAUCUCCCUCUAUCAAAAGAGAAAUGAAGUGGAUGGAGAGCAGCAAAACGACAAGGCCAACUGAGUCUAGACUGGACACGAAGAGAGAUUCCAUGACGGCGUCAGUUCCAGAAGUGUCACCCGUUCCUAUCUUCAAAAGAAAGCUGACCGACAUUUCAUUUGAAGUAGGUCAGGACGUGACCUUGACCUGUGAGGUCUUGUGUCCCCCGAUCCCGACGAUUGCCUGGUACCACAACGAGGAAUUGAUUCUGGAGGGAAAUCGAAUGGUCACGGAUCUCACUGAUGACGGUUUCGUGUCACUGACGAUCAUUAACGCUAAAGCGUACGACACGGGCGUCUACAAAUGUGUCGCUCGCAACAAGUCUGGGAGGAGUCUGUGUUAUGCAAAACUGUCUGUCGGAGAGACCCCAGAUCGGCCUGGAAGACCUGUGGUCACUCACAUUUCAGCCAAUGAAGCGAUAGUAAUCUGGGACACACCGAAAUCUGACGGAAACUCAGACAUUUUGUACUACAGAGUGGAUUUCAGAAAGACAGGUGAGACAAAAUGGACGACUGGUGUCUUCACCACGGAUGAAUCGGCACAGAUCAGUCAACUGGAACCAGACACAGCUUACCGGUUCCGCAUCAGUGCUUUCAACAAGUAUGGUCCGGGUGCCUUCAGUUGGUCUUCAACAGAAGUCACAACUAAAUCCAAAGGUGCUGAUAUUAUUACCAGUGUCCCUGAACUUGACCUUGAGAUGACACAGUCACACCAGAGUGACGAUAUGCCAAAAUCGCCUACAGUAACAGACGCACCAAGUGGACUUGAGACACCAGCCGAUGAUCAGUCAAAGACGGACGUAGUGGUCAGGAAAACAUCACCAGAAACAGAUUACAGUUUUGAAAAUGCUGUUUGGAAGGGGAAAUUUUCACAAAUCAAGUACUGCACUCACAAGUCAAAGGGAGACAACCUAGUGUGUAAGAUUGUACCAGUCAGCAAGGAAUCUGAUAGUUUACAUGAAUACGACAUCCUUCAUGGAAUUCGACAUGAAUGCAUUGUGACACUGUUAGACUGUUAUUCAACGCCCACGCACACAUACUUGUUCCUCCAAAGACUGGACGGGGAUAAUAUUGUGAACCAUUUGACCUUCAGAAGGAAAUACACUGAGAGCACGGUUGUACGAAUAAUUAAACAGGUGUUGAGUGGUCUGCAGUAUCUACAUCAUCUCGGAAUCGCUCACCUCAACCUCCAGCCCAGCAGUGUGCUCACGGUGAGUAGACGCCAUCUUGACAUCAAGAUCGUGGAUUUCAGUCUCGCCCGAAAGCUGCAAACCGUAGAGGGAGAAGUCUUUCCCAGAGCCGGUUAUCCAGAUUUUAUGGCACCAGAAGUUGUCACUCAAGAACGAACCGGAUUUGCUGCAGAUGUAUGGGGAGUUGGUGUGCUAGCUUUCCUCUUAUUAAGUGGCGAGUCAGCGUUUGGUGCGGAACUGGUGGAGGACGUCCUCGCGAACAUCGCCUACAACCACUACGACAUCAAUGACCUCUAUGAAAACGUCUCACAGGAGGCGCAGAAAUUCAUUUUCAAAAUACUCAAACGUUUACCAAGAAACCGCCCUCUUCUGUCGGAAUGUGUGGAACACAAGUGGCUCUUCCCAGUAGAUGGAUCGGCGAAGUCACGUGACGAUGCCGUCUUCCUCACAAACAAGUUGGCCGUGUUCGCGACAGAAUACAACAUGAAGCGACUCACUGACUUCUACCGUCGCGAAUACGUUUCCAUCGUUUUGCCGAUUCCUAAACCGGUUGUGAAGCAAGCUCGAGAUAAGACGGUCGAAGAUGCAGAAACACAGAAGAAACCAGAAUCUAGAGUUGAGGAGGAUGUCGAGAGAAAGUUUAAGGACAAGAAAGAUGUCAAGGACACAAAAAUUUCUGAAGUGGAAACUAAAGAGGAAGUAACAGAAGCCAAGCCGGAACCAAUGAAAUCAUCUGUUACAGCUAGUGAACCAAUCAAAACAGAUGACAGUGAAUCACAGAAAGUUUCAGUUGCUGAUUCAGAGCUACCGGAAGUGUUUUCACCAAAACCCGAUGAAACUGUAACCAGUGAUGUGUUCAGGUACGCAGAUGAUAGCAUGAAACAAGUAGCAGAAAACGUCGUAUCCAAGGCGAUGGAAGAAGCCAUGCACUCACCAGAACUCGCAGACACAUGUGGAACGUAAUCAGGACUUGAAAUUUACUGGAUAAUGCUAGACUAAGACUUGUUUUCGAGUUUUGUGACCUGACAUUUUUAACAAAAACAUUUAAAUUAAAGCCUCAGCGUUUUUUAGUUUCCAAGGUUGUGGUGUAUUCAGUCCUUAUUUUUAGUUUAAAGCUUUGCUUAUGUUUUGAAAAGAAUUUUUUUUUUUCAUUUAACUUAAGUAAAUAUAAUAGUUUUUGCGAUUGAUUUUAGUUAUGAGCAAUGAUAUCUCCUAACAGUUUCUUUUUUAAAACCAUCAACCUGCAUGCUAUAUAAAAAGAGAAGAAUUUUCAAUUGUCUACCAGUAACUAAAAUUGGAACCAUUUGAAUUUGCUGUGUAUUUUAAUUGAAAGCUUAAGUUAAACAUGUUGCGUGAAUAAUUUUGUUUUGUUUUUUUUGCACAAUAUGAAGUAACUGACUGAGUUUAAUUAACUUUAAAGGUUUUGUAUUCAUUGUUUGAUAUUAUGAAGUAAUCAGAGCCGUACCCUGAUCAAAAUCUUGGGGGGGGGGGGGGGGGGGCACUACUUUUUA